AGUCCAUCCAGCUUCCUCCACUUCACUCUCCUCUUCAACCGGAAGUCUUUGCCUGUCUGAAGGAUGUCCUGCUCCAGCCUGUGUGUCCCUUCCUGCGGGGUGGCCACCCCGGCCCCUCUGGCUGACACCUGCAAUGAGCCCUGCGUGCGGCAGUGCCCCGACUCCACGGUGGUGAUCCAGCCCCCGGCCUCAGUGGUCACCUUCCCUGGGCCCAUCCUCAGCUCCUUCCCGCAGCAGAGCGCCGUGGGAUCAGCAGGAGCUCCCUACGUUGGAGCUGGCUCCGGUGGCUCCUUUGGAGGCCGUGGAGGCUACGGGGGUUAUGGAGGCUACGGGGGCUAUGGAGCCUAUGGGGGCUGGGGCUAUGGAGGCCGUGGAGGCUAUGGGGGUUGGGGUUAUGGAGGCCGUGGAGGCUAUGGGGGUUGGGGCUGUGGAGGCUAUGGGGGCUACGGGGGCUACGGCGGCUAUGGGGGCUUCGGGGGCUGUGGAUACGGAGGCUGGAGCAGCGGCCACCGGUACCUCAACGGCAACUGUGGGCCCUGCUAAGCCCCACCCCGAGUGCGACCUCAGACCAAGGAGAGCUCCAGGAGAAACCCCGGCACAUCCCGACCCGAUGCCAUGUGGAAGAAAAGCCCUUCGGCAUCGCUGGGCUCUGCACCUUGGAAGCCUCGUGCCAGCUUGGAAACCACCUGUGCCUUGUCCCUGCCCUGCCUGAGCAUCCCCACAGGGCUCCUUUUGCCCUGAUCCCAGAGACUCGCCCUGGGCUCCUGUUCCUGCUCACCCGGCUCUGCCCAGCGCCAGGACACGGGAAGCCCUUGGCCAUGGCCCUGCUCUUCUGCCAAGCCCCUCCUGCCCUCCCCCUGCAAUAAAAGCUCUACUGCAUUGCAA